GAAACGUACAGAACCAGUUCUUAUGACACGCGUGCGUUUUUAGUGGUUGGAAGCCUAACUUUUACGAAGAGCUUAUUUUGUUUUAUAGAUUUUUAAUUCAAUGUAUUUCGCAUGAGGUCAACUCUGGAACUUUUCAUCGUCUGUUGUUCUGAGUGGAGACAGGGAUGGCUGGGAAACCAUUCCGAGCCACGUACAUCUGGACAAACAUCAUCAACAACCUUCAGACGCAGGUGGAGGUGAAGAGGAGACGCCACAAUCUGAAGAUCUACCAUGACUGCUUUCUGGGCUCCGAGGCUGUGGAUGUGGUUCUGGCUCACAUCAUUCAGAGCAAGAUCUGCGGAGACGAGGAGGUGCCUCGUUCCAAAGCGGUCCGCCUCUGCCAGGCCCUCAUGGAGGCCAGAGUCUUCGAGGCGGUGGACACGAAGGUGUUUGGGAAAGAAAAGAGGCAAGCCAAGUUUGAGGACAGCAGCUGUAGUCUGUACAGGUUUCUAAUCAAGCCGACCCCAAGCGCAUCAAGCUCAGAGAAUAUAGAUAGUGAAUGUGACAAAAGGAAAGAAGAUUCUGUGUAUUCAAACAACUCACUUGUCAAGACGGAAAAGUCUCUAGAGGAUGUUUUGGGAAAUCUUAACAUGAACACAACCAUCACACCACAGAUGAUGAAUCUGGGGUUAUCACAGGAGUUGAUGGAUGAAAUAUGGCGGCAGCAGACGAUACUGAGGCUCCUGAAGCUGAUUGAGCUGCCUCUUCUGGAGAACCUGUUGGAGGGCCACGAGAGCCCUCGCCCGCCCCUCCACAGCAUGGACAGCGACCCAGACCUCCUCUACACCAGCAGCUACCUCGACCGUGAGAUCCUCAAGGCCUUCAGUGAGGCUCAAGCAGACAGCUGGUUGUCGGCGGCUGUGGACUGUCUGGAGUUUCUUCCUGAUCAGCUGGUGGUGGAGGUGAGCCGAGGACUGGCCAGGUGUGCGGAGGAGACGUCCCAGUAUAAGCAGCUCCUCUACGGGACCCUCGUUCAGCACUACGGCCAGCCAGACUACCCACCGCUGCUCAGCAACCACGUCUUUGACAUCCACUCAGGCGUCUGCGAGCUGCUUGUGAACGGGAAGCAGGAGCAGGCUCUGGAGUCUCUUCAGCUCUGUCUGAAGCUGCAGGAUUCACGCAGUAGAGAGGAGCUCCGCAGGUUACUGCGCUUCAUGGCCCUCGCCGCCGGCCCUCAGGAGACCAGACUUCACAAAGAGAUAGAGAACAGAAUGGCAGUGAAGAGGGUGUUCUCCAAUGCUAUUGUGUAUGGGACUAAACUAGCCAAGGGGAAGGUCGAUCUUCUGGUUCUUUUCAUGACGGACAACCACCACGACCUCUUCAAGAUUCCCGUCACUCUGCACAAACUUGUUAGUGAUAAACUGGCCAGUAUCAUCAAAGGAACAGAUCCUGAUCUCAUCACAGGAACAACGUACUGUCGCCGUCUGACUGGAAAAGAUUACCUGGAAACGGUUCAGAAGACCACCAGAGAGGAGCUGUGGACCUUACUGCAAACUAUUCACGAGAACUCGAAUCUGUGUCUGAAAGAGAAGCGCCGUCUGCUCGGACAGUUCUACAGAGGACAUCCCGAGAUAUUCGUGCAAUACUUUGGCAACAGGAUAUCCAAUGUUUAUAUUUAAAGAUCUUCAGUUCAUUUUAUAUGUAUAAUAUGUAAAAAGUAUUGUAAAUAUGUAUUUAUUUAAACCACUGUUAUAUCUGUAUUGAUAGAGAAUGAGAUUUGUUGGACAGUUAACACAUCUGAUGAUCAC